AUGGAAAUUCCUGCCCAAGAAAGAGGUAUAGAAGCUAAUGAAUUUGGAAAAGCUGUCACUGUACAAUCAAUAGUUUCGGAGCAGUGUGAGCCUGUAGAACGGUGUGUUCGUGAACAUGCUACACGUGGGAAAAUCUUCCAACAAAACUCAGACUUAAUUAUACAAAGGGAGUGUGAUGGAAAGAGACCUUGUGAAUGUAGUGGAUGCGGGAAAGCCUUAGGAGACCACACCACUCUUAUUCAACAUGAAAGAACGCAUACUGGAGAGCGAGCCUACAGAUGUAACGAAUGCAGAAAGGGAUUUAACCAGAGUUCCCACCUGACAAACCAUCAGAAGACUCACACAGGGGAAAAGCCCUACAAAUGCAAUGAAUGUGGGAAGGCCUUCAGUUAUUGUUCAGUCCUUAUUCAACAUCAGAGAAUUCAUAGUGGGGAGAGACCUUAUGAGUGCACUGAAUGCGGUAAGACGUUUAGUCGUAGCACAUACCUUACUCAGCAUCAAAGAAUUCACACUGGUGAGAAACCCUAUAAAUGUCUUGAAUGUGGAAAGGCUUUUAGCCAGGGCACGCAUCUUACUCUACAUCAGAGAAUUCAUACUGGAGAGAAACCUUACGAAUGCAGUGAAUGUGGUAAAACCUUCAGUCAGAGUGCACAUCUUACUCAACAUCAAAGAAUUCAUACAGGAGAAAAGCCCUAUGAAUGUAAUGCCUGUGGAAAAGCCUUCAGUGAUCACUCCGCUCUUAUUCGACAUCAUAUCAUUCACACUGGGGAGAAACCUCAUGAAUGUAACGACUGUGGGAAAGCUUUCAGCUACUGCUCCGACCUGAUUCAACACCAGAGAACACAUACUGGAGAGAAACCAUACAGGUGCAGUGAAUGUGGGAAUGCCUUUAGUGACUGUUCAGCCCUUAUCCAGCAUCAAAGAAUUCACACUGGGGAGAAGCCCUAUGAAUGUAAUGAAUGUGGGAAAGCUUUCAGUGACCGCUCAGGGCAUAUUCAGCAUCAGAGAACUCACACUGGUGAGAAGCCCUAUGAAUGUAAUGAUUGUGGGAAAGCUUUCAGUUUCUGCUCAGCUCUUAUUCAACAUAAGAGAAUUCAUACUGGAGAGAAGCCCUAUAAAUGCAAUGACUGCGGAAAAGCCUUUAGCGAUAGGUCAGCACUUAUUCAACAUCAGAGAACUCACACUGGAGAGAAACCCUAUAAGUGUAACGUAUGUGGAAAAGCCUUCAGUCAGAGUACAAACCUCAGAAAUCACCAGAAAACUCAUUCUAGUGAAAAAUCCUAUACAUAUGCCCUUUGUUCCGUUUCUCUGGUGAACCCUGACCAAUCCUACAAAGACAAGCUGAGGAAGAAGAAAAUACAGUGA